GAGUGCAAAGGUACGCGAGACGCUGCUCAUUGGCUGCGGCGCCGGCGAAAUAGGCCACUGCAGAAUCGCUAGAGGAAAGCGGUUGGAAAAAUAUAUAUAUAUAAUUAAAAUUCGCCAUAUCGGCUUCCGGCUCAACCUCGGCGCAAUGAUGACGUCACGGCCGGGAGCUCACUUCCUGCUCAGGAUCUUCGUCUUGGCGGUCGCCGCCUUCUCGCUGGCUCACGCUCGACCCGAGGAGCAGGUGGACUUCGACGGCUUCUCUCAGGACGAGCCCAUGGACCCUCACAUGCUCGAGGAAUUCGAAGAGGUCGUGACGUCAGCGCCUUUGGAGGAGGAGCAGGAGGAGGCGGUGGUGGAGGAGGAGCAGGAGGAGGUGGUCCCGCGGCCUUAUCCCGUGCAUGACGUAAGGAUCUACCCGAAGAAGGUGACGGACGAGACUUACCCGAAGAAGUUCCAGGAGGGCGUCGCCGCGCUGGAGGAGCCCGUGUCGGAGCCCGAUCAGGCCUCUGAGGAACCCCUGCCCGAGGAGGACGUUCAGCCAGAGGCUCCCGACGCCGCCGAAGUCCCGGAGGACCAAGUGGAGGAGACGGCCUCGCCUCAGCCGGAAACGGAGGAGGAGGAGGCCAUCGAGGAGGAGCCCGUCGAGGCCGCGGCGGAGGAGGAAGCCCCGGCCGAGGAGCCCCCAGCUGAGGAGGAAGAGGCGGCUGCCGAGGAGGAGACGGCGGCCGAGGAGGAGACGGCGCCUGUGGAGGACGAAACGGCGGUCGAGGAGGAGGCGGAGGCCGCUGAAGGGCAGUCCCCCAGGUCAGACGUGGAGGAGGACGACGGCCCUCUGGAGUAUCACCCGGAGCCAGCGCCCGAGGAGAGCGAGCCCCAGGAGCACCACCCGGAGCCGGAGGAGCCCGCCAAGAACGAGACGCAGGUGGAGCAGCCGGAGGACGCGCAGGAGCCUGUGGUCAUGCCGGUGACCGAGGGCAAGAACCGCAGCGGGCAGGACGCCGUCAGCAGCUACGACCUGCCGAAGGAGCUGAUGCCCAUCCACCCCGGCGGAGGCUCCAAGUUCGAGGACCUGGAGCAGGAGCGGCUGGACAAGACCAAGAUGUCGCAGACGAAGGUGGACGACGACGACGCAGAGAACGGGAACGCCCACAACGCGGAGGGACUCUACAGCUCCUGCGGCGGCCUCCACGCCUCGCUCCUCCUCGCCCCCCUCGCCGCGGUCCUCGUCAGAAAAUUAGUCUAGGUCCUUAGAAUCUAAGAGUUGUUCUGGAUGUUAUCAAUUCCAGCUUUUAGCCAGAUAAGAAAUACAAAAAAGAUACUAAAAAAAAAAAUGUUAUGUAUGUAGAAUUCAUGUAAUGUUAAGAACAGACCGCUAUAGGGCAGAACUAGUCAUGUAGGAUGUUCUGAAGCACAAUCCACAUUUAGAACUUCGUAUUAAUAAGUGUUCAUAAUCUUUUUUGUAAUAUAUAUUCUUUUAGAUCUACAUGUAAUAUAUAUAUAAUCUUGUGUU